CCUUCGGCCUCUAGAACAUCUCACGACGAGGCGCUCCUCUCCUUCCCUUCUCCUCCCCCACCCUGCCGCCAUCGCCAUCGCCAUCGCCAUAGCCGACGCCGCCGCGCGAGGUGAAGGAGGAGGAAGGGGAGGAGGAGGCUUGGAUCCCCCCCAAUGAGGUGUGAGGCGUGUUGAUUGGGAGCUGCUGGUGGAGUUUGGAAUUGCAAAUGGUGGAUUCCUCGGAAGGGCUCCGACGGCUCGCUGCGGUCCUGUUCAAGUGCUGCAGUCUCGACUCGCCUAAUCGUCCCAACGGCCUGCAGGAUCCUGAGCGGUUGGCGAGGGAAACAGUUUUUAAUGUCAAUGAAAUAGAAGCGCUGUAUGAGCUGUUCAAGAAGAUUAGCAGUGCGGUGGUUGAUGAUGGCCUGAUCAAUAAGGAAGAAUUCCAGCUGGCACUGUUUAAGACUAACAGAAAAGACAGCAUGUUUGCUGAUCGGGUAUUUGAUUUAUUUGACACGAAGCAUAAUGGAAUUCUUGGGUUUGAAGAAUUUGCGCGAGCUCUUUCUGUGUUUCAUCCUAAUGCUCCAAUUGAUGACAAAAUUGAUUUUGCUUUCAAGCUGUAUGAUCUCAAGCAGCAAGGUUUCAUAGAGAAGCAAGAGGUGAAGCAAAUGGUGGUCGCCACACUUGCUGAAUCAGGGAUGAAUCUCUCAGAUGAGAUUAUAGAAGACAUUAUCGACAAGACAUUUGACGAAGCAGAUACAAAGCAUGAUGGGAAAAUUGACAAGGAGGAAUGGCGCAACCUUGUCUUGAGGCAUCCAUCUUUGUUAAAGAAUAUGACACUCCCAUAUCUCAGGGAUAUAACUACAACAUUUCCAAGUUUUGUAUUCAACUCCCAGGUUGAGGACGCAUGAGGUCAAGCUUGUGGGGAACAAAAUACCAUAUUCUAGGGGUGCGGUUGUUCGUUUCAUUUCAUUUUGUUGAUAUCUUUCUUCUGCUUAGAACAAACCUUAUGAUUGCUCCGUUUCUUAAAGAUGUGAAUCCAACACCAUGGCAAAGAUGAGGUUUUUUUCCAAUUAUUUUUUAUGUAUAUACUUGAAGAUGGUCUUCUUGCACAAACUAGUAGAAUGAACUGCUUCUCGUGAUGCAGAAAUGAUCUUCAAUCCUAAGAUAGAUGGUUGCCUCUA